CAAACCUUCUAGCCAUGCACUGCCGUCCACUUCUCGCUGGAUUGUUAUGUUUCCGUGGGUGAGAUGUUGCUGAAUGUGAUCAUUUUGAUGUGCAUGCUGGGUCUUCAGUUACGCGGCUGUGCGGCAGAUCUUUGCAACUGGACUGGAAGCGGUUUUGCAGCUGGUGUAGACUCCAGGAUUGUUCUCCAGGUGCGGUUGCGCUGUACAGAGGGCUCGGUGAGGUGGAUUUACCCGGGCCAGGCUCUCCGGGUGGUCCUGGAGCCCAACCUGUUCUCCGCCCGGCGCACCACCGUCUGCAUCAAACCGUCUCCCUCUUUCCGCGGAGCCAGUGUGUUCAUUGAACGGGCCGGGGAGCUGGAGCUGCUGGCGACGGAGGGCGGGCGGCCCGGGCAGCAAGUGUUCUGUUUCCGGGCAGAUGGUCCUCACAGGCUCGCCAUCUACCUCCAGUCCAGCCCACAGGGUGAUGGACCCUGGAGCAGACGCACGAUGGGCUUCAGAUAUGAACUGCUGGGCAACAGGAGUGCUGCACCCAACGUGGGCCACAGCGGGAUGAAGACUUCAUGUCGACCCUGCAAUGAUACACAACUCCUCAUGGCCAUCUGCAACAGUGACUUUGUGGUCCGAGGUUACAUCAAGAAUGUCUCCCACGACUCUGAGCGUCAGACGUCGUUGGUGGAGGUGUCAGCGGUGAGGGUGUACUGGCAGCGCAGUGGAGUGUUUGAGCAACAAGCGGCUGCCUCCGGGUCACGUCGGUCUGGUCACAUCCACACGCUCCUGCAGUGCCGCGUGAAGCCUGGGGAUGGAGAGUUUCUCUUCACAGGGUCAGAACACUUCGGGGAAGCUUGGUUAGGGUGUGCCCCACGUUACAAAGACUUCCUGUCUGUCUACCAGACCGCCUGGGCAGCGCGUCGGAAUUCCUGUGACUUCCCUUUAGACUGAGGAAGUGUUUUGUUUUAGUUGAGCCCAGCCAGCCUUUAUCUACACACAUCCUCACUCCAGUACUGACACUGUGGGAUCCCUGUUGAGUUGUCAUGUGCCAGGAAAGGUGGCAUCCAGCAUCGCCAGCAGGGACGAAGCAAUUGAAUUGCUGAUAGAAAAACACACACAUUUGGAGGAGCAGAGCAGCGACAAACAGCAGGGCCUCCCGCACUGAGGCUCAGAGAGGGACGACCUUUGUCUCCCUCCCAUCACUGCCCUCAGUCCUGGGAGACCGAGAAGGGGUUGGGUUGCUGCUCCCUCUUUGUGCUUCUCCCCACAUCAACUGUUGUUCACUUUGCUGCCUCUGUUUGACAAUUGCCCCCUGAACUGAGGCGGGAAGGAAGACUGAAGCAUGGACUUUCACAGUCACCAGCUUGUGCCAGUAAAUAGGCUUGUACAUAUAUGAUGUAAAGUUUAUUUUUAUUUCAGAUUCAUCUGCGCUUAAGUUUCAAAUCCUCUGUCUAUUUAUAUGUGUUGUACUCUAUGCAUGGAAUUCAAAUAAAAUGUUUUUUUGCAUAUGA